AAUCAGCUGAUUGUUAACAGUGUGUGUUUCAAGUUUGAAUCGAGAGAAAAAUUUCUAGAUACUAGCUGUUCUUAUCAAAAUUGCCAAUACUCUAUAAUGUGCACGAGUAUAUACCUAUACCCGAUAACUAACUAAACAUUCAAGAGCUUGUCAAGCUUUUUUUACGAUAUCAAAUCGCUUCUGGGAAACGCAAAAAAUGCAAAAUAAGAGUGUUUUGCUCACCAUACCUAAGUUAAGAGGCAACAGAUCAACAACAGGAAAGUACACUGCCGUGGUCUGCAUCCAACAACGUCCAACAAGCAAUUGUCAAGUGUCAACCAUCAAUUGUCAUCUUCUCGACUGUGCACUACACAUACAUGUACUGUACAUACAUGUAUAAUGCAAAUUACAUUUAUUUGAAAAGGUUUUUUGUGAGUGUAUAAUCAGUUUUAAAGCAUCAGUAUGGAUAGGCCAAUAUCAGCGGAUAUUGUAAUCAUUGCUGGAAAUUCUCACCCUGAACUAGCUAAUUUAAUUGCUGAUCGCUUAGGAGUGAAGAAUGGAGGCUGUGCAGUGUAUUAUAAAACAAACAGAGAAACGAUGGUCGAAAUUGGCGAUUCCGUCAGAGGCAAGGACGUUUACAUUGUACAAACCGGUACUAAAGAUGUGAACAAUAACAUAAUGGAGCUCCUAAUUAUGGCUUAUGCCUGUAAAACUUCUUCGGCCAAAAGCAUCGUUGGCGUCAUUCCAUAUCUUCCUUAUUCAAAACAGUGCAAAAUGCGCAAAAGAGGCUGUAUCGUUUCAAAGCUAUUGGCUAAAAUGAUGUGCAAAAGUGGUCUGACCCACAUAAUCACCAUGGAUCUUCAUCAGAAAGAAAUUCAAGGAUUCUUUGACUGUCCUGUGGAUAACUUGAGGGCCAGUCCCUUUCUACUUCAAUAUGUACAAGAAUCGAUUCCAGACUUUCGUAACUCAGUUAUAGUUGCGCGAAAUCCAGGAAGCGCAAAAAAAGCAACAAGUUAUGCAGAGCGUCUUCGUCUUGGAAUAGCCGUUAUUCACGGUGAGCAGCGUGAAUCUGAAUCAGACAUGAAUGAUGGACGCUAUUCGCCACCUACUCUGUCAUCCCUGAGGACAAUGCAAGUCGGUGUUGGCGUGCCAGUACAUCCGGCCAAGGAAAAACCACCAAUAAAUGUAGUUGGCGAUGUCGCAGGGCGCAUAGCCAUCAUGGUCGAUGACAUGGUCGACGACGUACAGUCUUUCGUUGCUGCAGCCGAGGUGCUUAAAGAACGUGGAGCUUACAAGAUUUACGUGCUUGCGACUCACGGAUUACUCAGCUCAGAUGCACCCAGGCUUAUUGAAGAGUCCUCCAUCGAUGAGGUUGUUGUCGCCAACACAAUUCCACAUGAACUCCAAAAAAUGCAAUGUCACAAGAUAAAAACCGUAGACAUAAGUAUUCUGCUGGCAGAAGCAAUACGUCGCAUACACAACAAGGAGUCGAUGUCAUAUUUAUUCAAAAACGUCACUCUAGAGGACUGAAUGUUUUCCAGAGUGGGAAGUCAACGAUACCUGAAUACAUAUGUAUAUCAUAUAUGCUCACUGACGAUGAGCCCAUCUUUUAGCGAGACACAAAAACGGAGAUAGAGAAAAAUAUUCUAUUUACUCACACAAAUUCACACGUAAAUAUUACCACGUUAGAGCAUGAUUCAAUUCUAUAAUUUUAUAUGAUAUUUUUGUAUGUAUUUAACCAAAGUGUGAUAUUAAAAUGCAACCACCAAAUGCGUGAUACAAAAAGGUCACACGAGAACGACUUCUAUUCCAAAAGGAAGCAGUUUUUAAAUCAUGUGUAUUUUGCCAGUUAAUAGCAUUUUUAUUUUUGAAUAGAUAUUUAAGACUAAAAAUUUUUUUUUUUCGUCAGCACAAUGAUUCUUUUCGUUAGUUUUAUCGAUUUAUUUAAAAUUGUAUUUUAAUUGUGCAUUGCUUAUCUUUUUGGAGAGCAGAAAGCGAAUAUAUUUGUUUUUUAUUACUUACAAUCGAUUUUUUGGAUUAAGUUUUUUUAUUUUUUUUUAUUUUUUUUUAUUUAUAUACUAGUAGCUAGUUUUGCGAACUGUAAUUAUCUUAAUGUAUAGAUCGCACAUGACGAUUGAAUUAUAAUAAAAUAGUGAUCAU